AUGUUAAAGUUAAGUCUGAGGCUACACCCAAAGCUAUGGCUAAGAUUACAGGCUUGGACUAGGGCUAGAGUUAGAUAUAGAACUAGAGCUGGAGCUAGAACUAGGAAUUGGGCUUGAACUUAGGCUUGGGCUGAAAUCCAGUCUAAGUCUUACGCUAAACCUAAGGCUAAGGCUAAGGCUAAGGCUAAGGCUAAGGCUAAGGCUAAGGCUAAGGCUAAGGCUAAGGCUAAGGCUAAGGCUAAGGCUAAGGCUAAGGCUAAGGCUAAGGCUAAGGCUAAGGCUAAGGCUAAGGCUAAGGCUAAGGCUAAGGCUAAGGCUAAGGCUAAGGCUAAGGCUAAGGCUAAGGCUAAGGCUAAGGCUAAGGCUAAGGCUAAGGCUAAGGCUAAGGCUAAGGCUAAGGCUAAGGCUAAGGCUAAGGCUAAGGCUAAGGCUAAGGCUAAGGCUAAGGCUAAGGCUAAGGCUAAGGCUAAGGCUAAGGCUAAGGCUAAGGCUAAGGCUAAGGCUAAGGCUAAGGCUAAGGCUAAGGCUAAGGCUAAGGCUAAUGCUAAUGCUAAGGCUAAGGCUAUGGCGAAGGCUAAGGCUAAGGUUGUCUUAAAAUGUACAUGCUCAAACUUAGUAGGCUUGGCAGCAUCUAGACUUCAGCUUUCGCUUGGUAACAUCAGGCUUACUAUUGUUAGGUCUAGUUAA